AUGUCGAGAACCGCCAGUACCUUGCUUUGCCGCGCUGCGCCAGCGCUCCGUCUCGCCGCACUGCAACCAGCUCGUUCACCAUGCCUGCGCCGAGGAUAUGCUCAAGAGACACCGUUCCCGAAGCCACAGAAACUGAAGGGCGUCCUCAAGCCUUUGAAGCAAUUCUUAGUUACGCCUACAGUGGGCACCGAGUUUCCAGAGGCGAAUCUCGUUCAGAUGCUGAACGCACCCAACUCGGAUGAGCUUCUCAGAGACCUCGCCAUCACGAUCGCGCGACGUGGAGUCGUCUUCUUCCGCAAUCAGAACGACAUGACCAACGAUCUCCAGAAGCAGCUCAUCCAACGUAUGGGUGAGCUAGUGGGAAAGCCGAAGGAGUCGACCCUGCACAUACACCCCGUACUCAACCCCAACACCCCGAUGGGUGGCAACGACUUGCACAUCAGCACCAUCAACUCCCGUCAGCGAAUCAUGGCCCACGGCAAGGCCGUACCUCGUGACCUAGGAAAUGUAAGACAGGCGCUUGAGUCGUGGCACAGCGACAUCCAGUCCGAGCAGGUGCCUUCCGACUACACAUGCUUGAGACUUGUGGAGCUACCCACCUGUGGAGGAGACACAUUGUGGGCAUCUGGAUAUGAGGUCUAUGACCGCAUUAGCGAGCCCAUGCGGAAGAUGCUUGAAGGGAAGACGGCAAACUACACCGCACCAUUCUUCGAACGGAUCAUCAAGAACUCGAAGCUCCAGGUCUACACAGAGGCGCGUGGCCACCCCGAGAACACCGGUAACCCUCUGAAGGCCGUACACCCGGUCAUCCGCACAAACCCCGUCACCGGGUGGAAGAGUGUCUUCUCCAUUGGUGCAUACCCCGAGUCUAUCAACGGCCUGACUCAGCCAGAGAGCGACAUGAUCCUGAACUGGCUGAUGGACAUGGUACUCCGCAACCACGAUCUGCAGUGCCGCUUCAGGUGGCAAGGUCCAAACGACAUGGCCAUCUGGGACAACCGCAGCAUGGUGCACAACGCGACCAUGGACUACGACGAUCACGGCAACCGCUUCGGAUACCGCGUGUGCGGUAUUGGAGAGAAGCCCUACUUCGACCCCAACAGCAAGUCGAUGCGCGAGGCGUUGGCGGAAGAGGCGAAGGAGGAGUCUUCAUGA